CGAAAAAAAAAAGAAAGAAAAAUCAUGAAUCCUCCGACACAAAACGACGACGGCCAAUCCUCGUACGCAAUCCAGCUCGUGAACGCCUCGGUGCUACCGAUGGCCCUCAAAGCCUGCAUAGAGCUCGACGUACUCGAAAUCAUCCACCGGGCCGAGCCCCACGGCCCGCUCUCCUCUUUCCAAAUAGCAUCUCAAAUUCCCAACUGCCACAACCCCCAUGCCGCUUCAAACUUACUCGACCGUAUGCUCGCCCUCCUCGCCAGCUACUCCAUUCUCACAUGCUCCGUCUCGAACGGCUCCCAAAAACUCUACUCGUUAGGGCCCGUCUCGAAAUACUUCGUAGCCAACGCAAACGGAGUUUCCUUAGCCCCACUUUUCUUACUCAACCAGGACAAGGUCAUGAUGGACACGUGGCACCACAUGAAGGAUGCAGUUAUAGAAGGGGGGUUGCCCCCCUUCAACAGGGCUUACGGAAUGGAUGCUAGCGAGUACGUAGUGAAGAAGAAUCCGAGUUAUUUCCAGCUUUUCAAGAAUUCGAUGAGUAAUUACAACUCUAUGUUUAUGGAGAAAUUAAUGGAUACUUACGGAGGAUUUGAAGGGCUCGAGUCUAUCGUGGAUGUCGGCGGUGGCGAUGGUAGUGUUCUGAAUACGAUAGUCGGAAAAUAUCCGAAUAUCAAGGCUAUUAACUUUGAUUUAGCUUCUGUCAUUGAGAACAACAAAUCGAUUUAUCCAGGUAACUAUAACUAUUUUUUCAAUCAACUCUGGCAAUUUAUGAUGCAAAUCAUUAAAUAUAAAUCGCAAAUUACGGUCACCCCUGAGUUUAUACCAUUUACCGAAACGAAUUAA